CUUAUCAAUACAUGUGACAGUCAACUAUCUCUCAGUCCAUAUAAGUCAACAAGACGUGGACUAAAUUUCUUCUUCAGUCCCAGACAAGAUGAAACCAAUGAAGAGUGUAUUGUUUGCACUGAUAAUUAAUAUUAUUGUAAAAAAUGCAAGUGCGGAAGGAAAUGGAAAAAACAUUGAUAUUGAAGAGUUGGCAAAGCGUGUUCUGGGUCUUGAACAUGACAAUACAAUUCUGAAACAACAAGUUGCAAACUUAGCUGAGAAGGAUGAAAAGCUAAACAAUGAAAUGGAGCUCCUUCGCACUGAAAAUGUGAUCCUCAAAAAUCAGUGUGAAAUUGUGAAGAAGGAUGUCUUUGAUAAAGUUCAGAGUCUUGAAAAAGAUGUUGAAAUUUUGAAGUUUGCCCAAAUGCCUUACACAACUGAUGAUAAAAAUGGUGAAUAUGUUAAUGGCACAGAAAAUAUGACUUCUCCUGCUGCAAUGAAUGGGAAUACAGGCAGACAUAUUCGCCAGCUUUCACAGAGACAAGUUGCCUUCUAUGCCACAAUAACAGUUCACGACAUCCAGCAUGUUGGAAGCAACCAGGCCAUCAAGUUUGACAGCAUUCUCACCAAUGUUGGCACAGCGUACAAUCAGCACUCCGGCUAUUUUACUGCCCCAGUACCAGGCAUUUACGUCAUCCAUACAACCAUUGCUGGAUGGGGCGCACAAAGCAGUGACAAGCAUAAUUACCUUGACAUCUGUGUUAAUUCCGUCAAACAAGCCGCACUCUAUGGUGUCCCCUUCCAACAGGAGUCACAAACUCUGAUUGUCUACCUGAAUGCCGGAGACGUUGUUUCCGUUAAAAAUGCUAUUGUUGAUGAAGCCAUCCUUGGGAGCCACUAUUCUUCAUUUGCCGGAUUUCUUCUUUAUGAAACCGAAACAGAGCCAAGCUUGGGAAAAUAAUACCAGCACUGACUGCUUCACAUCUAUUUCAAAAGCUUUGAAUGCCUUGUAUUUCGAUAUGGUUUCUUGAUUUUAAAUUGGAGAGCAGUUCUUGACCACCAUUAUGAAAAAAAUGUCUGUUUGAUGCAAUUUGAUGUAUUAAAAUAAGAGUGUUAAAUAA